AUGUCCCAGCACCAUUUCUCGGACAAAACUCCCACGUUGGAGUUUCAAACUUUUCCCAACGUACUCCCCAAAACAUGCGAUUACUCAUCCUUAUUAACCAACAUCACCGAGCCCGAGAAAGAGAGAUCAAUACCGCAAGUAGAACAAGAUGAAGCAGAACAUGAAAUCGCCAUCCAAUUACCGGCAUCUGAGUGCCAAAAAGCGGAUUUCUGGCGUGAAAUCCACGGCCAAAACGACUGGAUUGACCUACUCGAUCCCAUGGAUCCGCGUCUUCGAUCGGAGCUGAUCCGGUACGGCGAAAUGGCACAAGCAUGUUACGACGCCUUCGAUUAUAACCUCUUUUCCAAGUACUGCGGCACCUGUAAGUACACGCCAAGUGAAUUCUUUGACUCCCUAGGAAUGUCACAGCUCGGUUACACUGAAUUCAGCUUCCCUAAAGUGUGGAGCAAGCACGCUAAUUGGAUCGGAUACAUCGCCGUUUCAAACGACGAAACCUCCCGGCGCUUAGGCCGCCGUGACAUAACUAUUGCAUGGAGAGGCACAGUGACACGGCUAGAGUGGAUGGAGGACAUCAUGGAUUUCCUCGUGCCAAUUUCUUCGAAAAUCCCAUGCUCGGAUGCAACUGUGAAAGUCCAAAAAGGGUUUUUAGACCUCUAUACAGGCAAGAAAGAGGACUGCAAGUAUUGCAGGCUUUCAGCGAGAGAGCAGAUACUUUCCGAGGUCAGAAGGUUACUCGAUAAGUACGCAGACGAAGAAGUAAGCAUUACCAUCACGGGGCAUAGUCUCGGGGCUGCGUUGGCCAUUCUAAGCGCGUACGAUAUAGUUGAAACGAGCUUGAAAGAGUUAGCCGCGGACAGGCCGGCCGUGCCGUUGUGCGUGGAGAGGCUGGAGUCGACGUUGGGUUUGAAGGUGUUGAGGGUGGUGAAUGCUCACGACGUGGUGCCGAAGGUACCGGGGUUUUUUUUCAACGAGCGAUCGCCGCCGAUGAUGAUGAGGUAUGCAAAGUGGUUGCCGUGGAGUUACUCGCACGUUGGGGUUGAGCUUGCAUUGGAUCACAGGAACUCGCCGUUCUUAAAGAAGGCUGUUCAUGAUGAUCCGAUUCGUGCACAUAAUUUGGAGGCUCACCUGCAUUUGCUUGAUGGAUACCAUGGAAAAAGCCAUAAAUUUGAGCUAGCAAGUGGAAGAGAUAUUGCAUUGGUGAACAAAGCCUCUGAUUUCCUGGAAGAUGAAUAUUUGGUCCUGCCUAACUGGAGGCAGGAUGAAAAUAAGGGAAUGGUGAGGAACAAGGAUGGGCACUGGGUGCAGCCCGAACGCCGAGUACAUGAUCUCUGUUGUCGCGGAACUCCGGAUGAUGAUCAUGUGUGCAAUAUUUAGACGGCCUGGCUUCGGAUGAUCAACAUGGGGAUGAUCCUGCUGCUGCUUAGA